AUGGGUAACGAAACAUCUCAGCAUAGAACAUCAGGACAGCUUCGUAAUAAAGAACUUGCCGUAAUCAAAUCUAAUUCUGAUCUUAGCGAACAAGAAAUACAAGCAUUAUAUGAUGAAUUCAAACACGAAUGUCCAUCAGGCAGAAUGAACAAAAAUCAAUUCCAUAAGUUUUACAAGAAAGUCGCGGGACCCGACGACAAAUAUGGCCAGCUAUCAGAUAAUGCGUUUAACGUAUUUGACAAUAAUCGUGAUGGUACAAUUGAUUUUAGUGAAUUUGCAUUAGCUUGCGCCGUUGGAAGCAAGCAGGAUCUUGAUAGUCAACUUGACCUUGUGUUCGAAAUGAUGGAUACAUCACGCGACGGAAGUGUUAAUUACGACGAGAUGGUGAAAUUCAUGGAGAUAGGGUUGAAAAUGGGGGACACUAGAGAAACAAAAGGUAUGGACUCAACGACAGUUGCUACAGACAUGUUCAACCUGUUUAAUCUCAAUAAAGGACAGAAAUUAAACAAGCGUCAAUUUAUCGAUGGAUGCAAAAAAAAUCAACAUCUUAUGCGAAUGUUUGGACCUUCAUAA